AUGGUUCGAGAUAUCUUUGAUGGCGCGUCGUUAUCCAGGCUUGUUGGUGGGAUGGGCGUUGGUCAUGUGCGCUAUCCCACCGCCGGAAGCUUCAAUAACGCAGAAGCGCAACCAUUCUAUGUCAACUCACCAUAUGGAAUUGUUUUUGCACACAAUGGCAAUCUGAUUAACACCGCGAGCCUGCUCCAGUUUAUGGACGCCACGGCACACAGGCACAUCAACACUUCCUCGGAUUCAGAACUGCUCUUGAAUAUCUUCGCGGACAACCUCCAGCAGACAGGAAAGUUUCGAAUCAAUGAAGAUGAUAUCUUCACAGCCAUCGGAGGGCUCAUGUCACAGUGCAGAGGCGCUUACGCUUGUGUUGCCAUGCUCGCUGGGUUUGGUAUCAUCGCGUUCAGAGACCCCAAUGGAAUUCGGCCUGUCGGUAUGGCUUCGAGGAAGUCAGGAAACGGCAAAGAUUAUCUGUUUGCUAGCGAGAGUGUCGUGGCGGAUGCAAGUGGAUUCUCGGAGUGGGAGGAUGUCCGGCCCGGUGAGGCCGUCAUCAUAACACGAAACAAUGUCUCUCGCCGCCAAGUCGCUCCUGCUGCUCAAUUUGCUCCAGACAUCUUUGAAUACGUUUACUUCGCUCGACCAGACUCCGUCUUGGAUGGCGUCAGCGUAUACCGAAGCCGCAUGGCUAUGGGAGAUGCUCUGGCCGAUGAAGUACAACGCGUUCUUACGGAGCAGAACCUCAGUGUCGAUGUUGUGAUUCCCGUCCCCGAUACUUCACGUGUCGCCGCUCUCAAUCUCGCGCAAAAGUUGAAGCUUCCCUAUCGAGAAGGUUUCAUCAAGAAUCGAUACGUUGGUCGCACAUUCAUCAUGCCUGGCCAGCAAAUGAGGAAAAAGAAUGUCCGAAGAAAGCUCAACGCCAUGGCCCUGGAGUUUAGUGGCAAGAAUGUCCUCCUUGUUGACGAUUCAAUUGUUCGAGGCACUACAUCCAGGGAAAUCAUCCAGAUGGCGAAAGAUGUCGGGGCAAAAAAGGUUAUCGUCGCUAGCUGCGCGCCACCUAUACGGCGAGUAUAUUCAAACGUAUACGGAAUUGACAUGCCAUCGAGGGCGGAGCUGGUGGCACACGAUCGGGACACGUCUGAGAUCGCAUCGGCCAUCGGCGCUGACCUAGUUAUAUUCCAAACACUCCCCGACCUCAUUUCUUCCGUCCGCCAAUUCAAUCCCUCGUUGACGACUUUCGAUUGCUCCGUUUUCACUGGUGAAUACGUCACUGGAGGCGUGGAUGAAGGCUAUCUACAGCAUCUGGAAUCUUUGAGGGCAGAUAACACCCGUGGAAAGCUGGCUUUGUCAGGAUCCGGGCAGGGUGACAUGGAAGGGCAAGGACGCGCUGAGAGUAAUGGAAACGGUUCAGUAGGCAUUGGAAAUGAAGUGGGACCGAGUCGAAAGGACAACAUGCGUGUCAAUGGAACCCAAACCAACGGAGCUGACGACACCGUUGGCCUAUACAACACGUUCAAUACCGCAUGA